AUUCGUGUAAUAUAUGGUAGUCUAAAUUUACUUCCGAGUUAAGUAUACAGUUUUUUUAUUCGCUACCGUGGUUACUAUCACAAAUACAGUGUUUAUGCCUAAGAAGCAGAUGAUUUGGUUACCUAAUCAGUUGGUUGAAUUUAAAUGUUUUGUCCAUAUCCAUUUAACUGUUUAUAAGUCUGUUGAAACAUAUCAAGUAAGCAAGCAAACAAAUUUGUCUCGUCUUCUGAUAACAUCAUAUGAUUCUCUAAAAUCAGUGGUCAUUGAUAAAAUUCGCGUAAACUUUUAUCGUACCAUCCCCCACAAUAUUUGGUCAUUUUAUACUAUGAAUUUGCACUUAAAAUUAGAUCCGAGGUAUUUUGUCACUUUUGUAGGUGUUAGGGUAGAUUAAGUUUAUGGCAAAACAUAAGUCCCAGUUUUUAAUCGGAAGUUUAUGCACAACAUUUAUGACUUUAGCCAAUCAUAACCCAUAUAUUUCAUUCCCUAAUCCGUUUGGAUUGACAAUUAUUUAUUGAUUUCAAAAUGGAAAAUACUAUUGGCCAAAAUUCCAGCCAAUAAACACAAAGGAAUGAGGACUUUAGUUAUUCACAUUUGGACGCAUGUGACUGGUCUUCACUUCUUGUUCUAUAGCAACUUUAUACCUGAGUUAUAUGUUAGUGUGUUUUAGUACAAGAUUUAUGGGAUUCCAUUUUUUGUUCUGGAUUGACAAAUGACUAGCUUAUUUCAUCAUUGAUUUGAACAACUUUUCCUUCAAUUCAUUAUCGAGCAUUUUCAAAACAGUUAAUGUAUCGUAAUAAAACUGAGAACGGUGGUUGAUUUAAAUAACUAUCUGUGGAUUAAAAAUUUACUGAGACUCAAAAGUGACAUGUUAAUGAAGUUUUCAUGUCUGUCAAAAUAAAUAGGAUUAUUCAUUUCUGCUAGUAAAUUGUGGUAAACAAUGCAAUUCACUCAACGGCUGAUUGAAGAUAUGAUGAUUUAAAAACUAUUGGUUUAUCCAAUCUUACCAUAUUUUGAUAUGUAGGAUUUGUUCUGAAACUUGACAACUUAUCAGUAGCUUCAAGGCAACUCAGUAGUUUCGACUGACUAACCUUUUUCUUUUGUUAAAUGAAGCUAAAAUAACUGGGGAUUUUCAAAUAAUUUGUGCCCAAAACUCCAUAAGAUACCAUAUGAAAUAAUUAUGCCUCAGGAUUUUGAAGAUAAACCAUCAGUGGGAGAAUGUCGUGUGAUUUUACCAGACAAAUCAAUUUCUCUGAAUUGUAAAAAUCAGAGUGCAAUAAAUAACACAUGUGAUAUGCUACCUGAAGAUAAUGACAAAUUAAGUCAACAGUUGCGAAAUGAAGAAAUUGAGAUUUUUAGCCCUGAAACACAUCCUGAAUAUUUUGUACCAGUUGCUCCCGAUGGUGGUUGGUCAUGGAUUGUCUUACUGGCCACAUUCCUUAAUUUCUUUCUGAUUGAUGGGAUCUUCUUUUCUGUUGGUCUUUUAAUGGUUGAAUGGGCUGAUCAUUUCGAAGCUUCAAAAACCAAGGUCUCAUUAGUUAGUUCAUUGAUGUUGGGGUGUUAUCAAAUGAUUGGUCCUUUUGCUGCAGCACUAACAAACAAAUUUGGUUGUCGAACAGUCGCUCUUUUUGGAUGCGCUCUGGCAUCUGUAUCGAUUUUCAUUAGCUCUUUAAUGCCUACCGUAGAUGCUUUAAUCAUUACUUUUGGAAUAUUAGUUGGCUCUUCAUUUGGAUUAAUUUAUUUACCAGCACUAAUUGCGGUUAGUUUCUAUUUCAACAGAAAACGUGAAUUGGCUAGUGGUAUAGCUGUGGCUGGAACACCUUUUGGGGCUGUGAUAUUUGGACCUCUAGCAGGUUACUUAAUUCAGUUAUAUGGAUGGUCAUGUACAUUAGUAUUCUUCUCUGCAUUUAUACUUCAUGGUAUUAUUUUAUCAUGUCUUUAUCGUCCAUUGAAACCGAUGCAUAAAUUCGAAAUGUUAGAUUUAUCUAAAGAGACUAAUGAAUCUAUUGUUAAUUUAGUUGAUGUAAUUCAAAGUAAUUUAAUGAUAGCAUCGAAUACAUUUAUUAAAUCAAAUCAAUUUAUCAAUUCAUCAAAUCGUAUUGGUCAAACUUUAUAUAAAUUAGAUGAAGGAAAUGAAGAAAAUGAACAAUUACUACAGCAACAACAACGAAAAAACAGUUUGAAUAUUGAAGUUGGUGAAAAUUUAAAAAAGAAACAAUCUAUACAUGAGAAGAAAUUACAUAAAUUGAAUCUAUGUGAAGAGGAUGUACAGAAGUGUACAGAUGAAAAGAAAGAAGCGAUGAGCGAAAAUCCUAAAUUAUCAGAAUCGACAACUGUUCAUGGUCAAACAGUAUUAAAACAGGUCGAUAAAAGUUUGGUUGACCCAAGUAGGUUAAUUAACCCGUCAUCAUCAUCAGCUGAUCAACCUUCUUCCCUGGUACCCAAUACUAUUAAAUUACCCUCAGUUUCUAAUGAUCGUGCUAUUUCCAUACGGGAAAAUCAAUUAUCACCAGAAUCUGUCGCUGAGAAACGGAUGAAUACAUCGGAUCACAAGCAAAAUCUCACAACUGAUCAAUCAGUAAUACGCAGUGGUAGAUCACAAGGAACUGAUCCAACUUCGUAUGUUUUUUCUACACCAUGUUUAAGCGUUAAUAAUCCAACUUAUGAUGGACAGACUAGUAAUAAAGCCAAUAAGUUUCUCCUUGAUGUUUAUAAUAGAAGAAUUAUAAAUCCUUUAAGAAAUAAAAAAUUACUACAUCCUGCUACUGCUACUACUGUAUCAAGACGACGUCAUCUUUCGCAUAAUUUAACUCCAAGUAUUCCCACUAUUGUAGAAGAUCAAGAAUUAACUAAAUCUAGUGGUAAUAAUCAACUUCAUGUUAAUUUAGCUGGUCAAGAUUUUAGUUCUGCCAUAACUGUUGCAAAUUUGGGACGCGAUAAACGUCGAAUAUCUGUGGAUCCAAAUUUAAUCAAUUCAGGUCUUAUUCAUAGUUCUAUUGCAAGUGUAUUAACUACUUAUCAUCCACAAAAAUUAGAAUUUCGCAAAAUGGAUUCUAAACCUGUUCUAGUUGCACUACCUCAUGAAUCUAUCACUAUUGAAGAUUAUUCAAGACCUCUUUAUCGAAGUGAUAUAUUUUUCGGAGGUAAUCCAAUGCCACAAAUACCAAAGGAAUAUUAUUCAACAAUUACUAAAAUGAAAUCAACUGGAGAUGUAGAUAGAAAAAUGCAAAACAAAUUAAAUGAUAUAUAUCGUAUGACUAAUUCAUGUUUAACAGUUCCAUUAAAUGAUACUAUCGAUCAUAGUCAUGUUGAGGGUUCUUAUGGUACACUUAGUGAUGGUGAUGAACAUGAGUCAGGAUUUUGUAAGUCACAAUCUAAUUGGAUAGAAUCAAUGAUUGUCUCAUUAACUAGUAUACCAUUACCAAAUGAUGACAAUAGAGGUCUUCUAUUACCAUCAGCUAAACAGAGUUUAAAUGAAAAACUACAUAAGAGUUUUCCUGAUUAUGAUAGUAGAAUUCAUGAUGAGACCGGUGGUGGUGGUAAUAUUCGUUAUGAAACCUAUGCUGAUGAUGUUGAUCAUGGUGAAGAUGAUAAUACUGAUCAUGUUAGUGUGAUGGAUGAUAUUUGUUUAUGUGGUUUUUGUCUAACUGGUAUUCGACGCCUCCGUGAUUGUCGUUUAUGUUCUUCAUUAUUUUAUUCACAAAAAUUACCGGAUUGUUGCCCGUGUUUUCUUGUUAAACAAAAACCAAUCUAUAAACGUGUAAAUAAAGAAUUUCCUAAUCAACAUGAAGCUGAUAUUAUAGAUGAGUUAAACAUAAAUGAUUUUAAUGAUUUAACCAAAGUUACAAGAUACACUCGUUUUAUUCAAUGCUGUAAAUGUGUUUCUUUAAAACCUAUACUGGAUGUAUUAGGUACUAUGUUAGACUUAUCAUUAUUAUUCAAACCAAAAUAUUUAAUAUUGUGGAUUUCCAAUUUAAUUGGUUUAUUGGGUAUGUAUGUUCCAUUGAUUUAUGUUAGUGAUUUUGCUUCAGUUUAUGGCAUAUCUACUAAACUGUCGUCUUAUUUUUUAUCGAUUAUGGGUGUUUCAAGUAUUAUUGGACGAUUACUUGUUGCGUGGUUAAGCAGUUUAUCAUUUGUUUCUCCAUUAAUUAUGCAAUCUAUUACACAAUUUUUACUUGGACUACUUGUAUGUUUAAUGCCUGUUUUUACAACGUUUAUCAGCAUGGCUACUUCAUUUGGAUUCUACGGUUUUUUGACUGGUGUUUUUUCCACUCUUAGUACAAUUAUAUUAUAUGAUUUAGUUGGAAUGGAUGAACUUACUACAGCUGUUGGUUUAAUAACAUUAAGUCGUGGUAUAUCCAGUGCAUUGGGUGCUCCAUUAGCUGCUCUCCUGUACGAAGCAACGAAUAGUUUCAGAGUCCCUUAUAUAGCAGCAGGUUUAACAAUUAUUAUAUCGGCGCUACUAUUCCUGUUAAUUUUAUGCUAUGAUUGGAUCGUGUAUUUAUUUACUACUGUCAAAUCUAAGCAAAGUAACACAGAAAUUUGUUCAUAUGAAUGAUCGAGACAAAGAAAAAAUUGAACAAAGCACAAAUUUUAAAAUGAAAUUAGUAUCGUUAUACAAACAACAAACAGUUGUACAUUAUUAAGCACAAUCACAUCCAUCCAUACAUACACAAAUAGAAUACCUAAACCUUCAGUUCAAUCAAUAUUACUUUACACAAACUGAACAAAUCACAUAUAUGAUAAAAUGUUGGCUUGUUUCGAUGACUACUAUCAUCAUCGAGAUUAAUAAUUUAACAUUCCUACUGUAUUU